GCUGAAUCCGGAAGUGAUCCCCGAGGACUGAGUUGCAGCGGAGGACCCGGCGGCAGGGCCAGGUUCGGGACCAUGAGCUGGAUUCCUUUCAAGAUUGGGCAGCCCAAGAAACAGAUUGUCCCCAAAACAGUGGAGAGAGACUUUGAAAGGGAGUAUGGAAAACUGCAGCAGCUGGAAGAGCAGACCAGGAGGCUGCAGAAAGACUUGAAGAAGAGCACCGAUGCUGACCUGGCCAUGUCCAAAUCUGCUGUGAAGAUAUCCUUGGACUUGCUCUCCAAUCCCCUCUGUGAACAAGACCAAGACUUUCUGAACAUGGUGACAGCCCUGGACACAGCCAUGAAACGGAUGGACGCCUUCAACCAGGAAAAGGUGAACCAGAUUCAGAAGACUGUGAUUGAGCCCUUGAAAAACAGGUUUGGCAGCGUCUUCCCAAGCCUGAACAUGGCAGUGAAACGGCGGGAGCAGGCCUUGCAGGACUACCGCAGGCUGCAGGCCAAGGUGGAGAAGUACGAGGAAAAGGAGAAGACAGGCCCAGUGCUGGCCAAACUCCACCAGGCUCGAGAAGAGCUUCGGCCCGUGCGGGACGACUUUGAGGCCAAGAACAAACAGCUGCUGGACGAGAUGCCACGGUUCUACAACAGCCGGCUUGACUACUUCCAGCCCAGCUUUGAGUCCCUGAUCCGGGCACAGGUCGUCUACUACUCUGAAAUGCAUAAGAUCUUUGGAGACCUGACCCAACAGCUUGACCAGUCUGGCCACCCCGAUGAGCAGCGGGAACAGGAGAAUGAAGCCAAACUGAGCGAGCUUAGAGCCCUCUCGAUUGUGGCUGAUGAUUGAAUCCUAUUCCCUGGAAGACACCUAGAACACAAGUCACCUUCUCUAGUCUUUGCCCUUUUGAAGCUCAGGCUCAGGCAUCAGCCAGCAAAAGACCCUCCCUGGAAGUGUAUGGGGCUAGUGGCCCCACCUUACCUCACUAGCCCUUUGGAAUGCACUUGGCACCUGGAGCCCCAAGCAGGCUGCUGUCUCCCCACCCAUAGCAGGAGCCUGCAGACAGGUAAGCACCCUAGAAAAAACCGAGGGGCUUUCUUAUUUCCAGAAUUGUCCGAAAUACCUCCUGGCCCAGGGCCAGAGCAGGUUCCCAACCUGCAAAGGGCAUGGACUGCGUCAGCUUGCCUGGGGUUCCCGCCAUGUCUGCAUGGUUGGGAUCACAUCUACCUCCAAGACAGGUCCUGGGGAGUCCACCCCCCUGCUGCCUUCCCACUUCUCUCCUUUUCUGGGAGAGGGCUGUGGUCCUCCAGCCCUGACAGGCCCCUCACGCUAGGGCUCCCAGUAUGACAAAGGCUGGCUUAGCCCACAUCUAUCCUUUUGGUCAAGUGUAGGGAACACCCUGUCUUAUAGGUUCCCUAGGAAAUGAAUUCAACUCGUGUUAAAGUCCUACCACAAAAUGUCACAGGCCUCAAAGCAACAACAAUGGGUUUGUCUCACCUGAAUAUUUGGAAUUUUAUUUUUUCAAGUAAAGUUUUCAAUAAAAUUGUAUUGUAUUAUUGUGCUGUAACUAAGGAAAGGAGAGGAGAGCCACCCCAGGAUUUUUUUCAGGGUAAUGCUGCCCCCUAACUGAGCUGGCAGGACCCCGAUAGCAAGCAUCCUCUCCGGACCAGCCAGCAGCCCGCCCUGAGUGCAAGGGGCUUGCUCGUCCUGCUGCCCUGCCCACCCGGAGGUGACUGCACCUCCAUCUAGCAGAGGCUGGACUGAGGGCCAGGAGCAGGUGGGAGCACCAGCAGACAGACCU